GCGGAAGACUCGCCCUUUCAUUUUACUCAUUCCCUAGCUCCUUAGCUCUCUAGAUUUCUGAUAGCCAAGUUCGCUUGAUAACUCUAAGCCCUCGUCCGUUUAUCCCGGAUCCAUCCGCCCCAAAUUAGCAACCCCACAAUACAACUAGAUACACUGCCAGGUCAAGAUCAAGCAACUCCCGUUACACACGCACAACUCACAAUGGGCGGCAACGUCCUCUUCUUCUAUGGAACCCUGAUGGCACCCCAAAUACUGUACCGAGUAAUCCACGGCUCGCCCAAUCCAGAGCCCUGGCAAAAAGCCCUCCUCACUUUCAAACCAGCCAUUCUGCACGGGUAUCGACGGCACCGGGUGCGGGGGGCAGACUACCCUGGAAUUGUAGCAGUUGGCCAAACUACUACAGAGCCAGGCGCGAAUGCAAGCGUUGGUAGCACGGCGUCUGUGCUUGGGACUGUUGUUUCGGGAUUGACGGACGGGGAUAUCCAUCGAUUGGAUAUAUUUGAGGGAUCGGAGUAUGAGAAGGGGAAGGUGAAGGUUAGGGUUUUGCAGGAAUCGUUGGAUCGUCAGGAUGUAGGGUUAGAUGGGAAGGAUACAGAUAAGCAUUUGAGGGACGUUUUGGAUGCGGCUGGGGCGGAGUUUGCGGAUGAAGGGGAGGAGGUAGAGGCUGCUACCUAUGUUUAUGUUGCCGGAAGGAGUCGGCUGGAGGAUGGAGAGUGGGACUUUGAGGCGUUCAAGAGGGACAAGAUGGCGUGGUGGGUUGGGGCUGAUGAGAGUGAGUGGUAAUACUUCUUAAGGUACCCGAGGUUUUAGAUGGAAAACCAAGGGUUUUUAGAUUUUUAGAUGGUCCAAUUCAACAUGGUUUUCCAGGCCGAAAGGCAAGUCUAAAGUAAAUAUGUACAGAUCUAAGCACGCCAACUAAUGGAACGUCAAACAUAUAUUUGCGUCAACAAUGUGGGUGCUGUUGAAUUGUCCGAUUAACGUAA